UCUCUCUUUUGCUCUUAAACUUUUAUCAUCCUCAUCGUUCUCAUCAGCCAGUGCUCACUUCUCAUUUCACUUUUGUCAAAACUUUUUCUUAUUCUCAUUCCCAAUCAACACGAAUGAUGUACUGAAAAGACGAAGAGUGAGUGAGGAAGAGAAGAAGAGAGAGAGAGAGGAAGAUAGAAAGAGAAAAAAAAGAAGAGAAGAAAAAGUUUUCUUUCCAUCUUCUUCAUCACCAUUUCUUUUUCUUCGUCGCCAGGAAUUUUGUUUCAAAGUUAAUUGUUGCUUCUCCAAAGGAUUGAUAUUAACCCAAAUGAUUCUCAUGUUAACUUUUUGAACAACAUUUUUCGGUUUACUUGCAACCAACUUCUGGUUGAACCCAAACAUCGUCUGUGCUUUUCUUAAAUAACCUUUGGUUUUGUUUUUUUUUAAUAUUUUGUGUCUUUGUGUCAACCUUUUUUAAUCACAAUGAGAUUAAGGUUAAGCCAUUAUUUAACUCUAAACGGCUGUUUAUUGUUCAUCUGUGUGUUUAAUUGUGCCUCGUCCACUUCAUUGCCUGUUAAUAAAUUAGUUAAGGAAGCUCUUCGUCGUCAACAACGAGAAGCUCUUGCUGAAGCAGCAGCCGAGUCAACAUCAACUGAGGCCAAUGAAGAUAUUGAUUCAGAUUCGACCAACAAAGUAACUACAGUUAAACCUUUAACCAACUCGAGUCACAAUCACAACAAGAUUGACUGGGAUGAAAUUGAGUCAACCUGGUAUCAGUUUAAAGACGAUGAAGAAGUGACCAAAAAGUGGAAUGACAUGGAAAAUGGUUUGAAAAAAGGAGUGAAAGCUGUUCUUCGGUCAAUUUUCCCUCGAAUAGUUUCAAUGUCUUCAGAUACUAAAGUAUCCGGAAACUGUUCAGCUGGAAUAUUGAAGUGGCUAAUAUCAUUAAGAAGUCUUAAAGAUUGGUCAAUAAAAAUGUUGGACGCAAUUGGUAAGCCUUCAGCCGGUCUAUUGGAAGGACAAGUCAGCAUGUUUGGUAAUUAUCAUGAAUGCCUCGGAGUCCGAGUUAUGGAAGAGGACGAUGAAGACGUAUUCGAAGAUGAGGAAGAAGAAGGUGAAGAAGGGUCAGCCGAUGCUUCCCAAAAUAAAGAGUUUUUCCGUGGUAAAUAUUGUAUACUUGAGUUUAAGCCUUGGUUACCUAAGAAGCCACCAUUUUACGGAAUGAAGACUAAAUUGAAGGCCCUAGAAAGACCCAAGAAAGAUGACACAGUAAUGAAAGAUGUCGCCGACCUUGCAGUGUUUCUUAAUUUCGUCUCCAUGCGAUUCGACCUUUGUGUUCCUUCCUUAUGUUCACGCAAUGAUAUUCAAAAAGUUGUUGGUUUAAUUAGCAGGCUUAUUGAUGUUCGUGGUAAAGUGGUUCGCUGUGAAAUUGAUGAGGAUCCAUUAACUAAUAUAACAAAUCCUCAAGUUACCGCAUUGAUCAUUUUGGUAUUAUUGUUUUUCCUCUUCGCUACAUUGACUGUUGUUGGACUCUGCACUGGUUUAUUCAAAAAUCACAAUUCAAUUGUCAACUAUUUACGAUCAUUGACAUGGACAACUGCAUGGUCUGAAUUAAUGAGCGAAUCAAGUUUUGAAUCAAAAAGUCGAACCUCCGUUUUAUAUGGUCUGCGAACAAUUAUCAUGUUCUGGAUUAUAAUGGUGCAUACAGCCAUUGAGGUCAACUUUCAAUUUUUCCGUGAUGUCCUUUGGAUCCGAGAUGUUGCCCUUUCCUGGCCUGCUCAAUUCUUGACAAAAUCGUCCUACAACUUUGACAUGUUUAUCCUGAUAUCUGCUUUCACCAUGUCCUUUACCAUUGGAUCACAAAAUGGUUCAGGUGCAUUGAAAUUUAUUGCACGUAAAUAUCUUCGUAUCACACCAAUUGUAAUGAUUGCUGUCGGCUGGUUAACCAUUUUACCACUGACUAAGAAAAUUUAUCGCGGUGGCCCGACUUGGGGAGAUUUUGUUCCCAAAGCAUCAAAUAAUUGUGCCACCAAUGGACUGCUUAAUCUGUUGUAUGUCCAGAAUUUCAUACAUCCAGCUGAAAUGUGUCUCAAAAAUACUUGGAUAUUUGCUGUUGAGAUGCAAUUGUAUGCUGUUUUCAUUCCACUUUUACUAUUAACUCGUAAAACAUCUCGAUCAAGUUUAAUCAUUUUACUGGCCAUAGUAUCAGCCAUAGGAUUCCUUUGCAAUCUAUUAACUGUUUACAAAUUUGAAUUACCACCUCAUUUAAUCUGGACAUUACCAGAUCCACAACAGCGUGAUCACUAUUAUAAUGUACAUUAUUUUAAACCAUGGACCCAUUUAUCGGUUUUCGCUAUCGGCAUCGGUGCUGGUCAUUUGUGUAGCAGUCGAAGUAAGAAAACUUCAUCCAAUUCAUCAUCUUCAUCUUCAUCACCCUAUGGUAUUGGGGUUACAUCGUUCCUCCUCUGGUGUGCCAGUCUUAUCACCAUUUUUUGUCUCAUCUUUCUUUAUCACACUUGGGUUUUUGGCGAAUUACCUGCUCCACUUGUUUCUGGACUUUAUGAUGGAACACAUCGAAUUUUAGUUGCCUUGGCAUUCAGUUACAUUACUUAUUCACUUGUAUCACUUGCCGAGGAUUCACCUGACUCUUGUUUAGUCCGGUUACUUGGGGGACGUUUCCUCAUUACAACUGGACGAUUAACUUUAAUUGCAUAUACAAUCCAUCCAAUUAUUCAAUUUAUCUUCCUUGGAACUCAAUCUUCUCAAUUAUUUAGUGGACCCAUAGUUGCUCUUUAUGUUGUUAUGGGCAACAUCAUGAUGACUUAUGUCCACUCAUUCAUAAUCUCAGUAUUAUUUGAAAUACCAAUUGCAACUGGAUUAAGAGCAAGAUCCAUGUCUUCAAAAGAUCCCUCAAAUUCAUUUGAUUUCAACUCUAAAAUUGAGAAGCCAUCAACUGUUAGUGGAGUUAUGAACAAUAAUAAGUCAAGUACAAUCACAAUGGUCAGCUCUAUUAAUGGCGACAUUGAAUUAUCUAAAAGUAACUUUGAACGACAUUAGAUAAAUUGGAUCAACAAUGGUUUCGUUAACCAACAACCAAUAUUUUUUUUCUUAAACCGGAAAAUACAAAUUGUUAAUUUUGCUAAUGAUAAUUUGAAAAGACAAAUAAAUUAUCAUUUACAUCAAAA